AGUUUCCGCAGUUUCCAAGUUUAUUCCCAUUGGUUUCUCGGGCGGAGAAAGCGCCAGGGAGGCUCAAACAGCUUUCUCCAGGUCUUUCUUCUUCCACCCCUGAAUUGCCUGUAUCGCUGGGAGCCGCAUACUUGUCUUUGGUUCAUACUUCUCUCAUUCCUGUAAAGAAGGCUUCAUCAUUCACAUUGGCGCUGCGUCACCGAAGCCCCCUAGCAAUCAUCGCUCAUUGGUCUGGGGAAGCCUCCUCGGUGUGAUAUCUGGCAGCGUUAUGGCACCCCGUGAGAAAAGCUCACUCAAGCGGGGCCGAGCUGCCGCCGACUCCGACUCCCAAAAAAGGCCUCGACGCUCGCAGAGAAUCUCGAGUCAAGUACCUCCGCAAGAGACACCGGUCGAUCUGGAAUACCUGCCCACUCCUCUCACCGGCCCUGAUUCGACCAUUGCGGAUACUCGCAAGGAUGUGACCGCAACGCCCCCGGAAAGCCCUCACAAAGGCCGUCAACACUCUCCAUCCCAGCCAGAAUUAUCAUACGCUGUUUCUUCGCCCCCACAGGAUACCCAGGCACUUUCGCAAUUCGUGUAUCCCCCCAGAGCAUUCGCAGAUGAGGUAGAGGAUGAGGACGCCGAAGGGGUCUGGGGCUACUUGCUACCACUCGACGAGCAUGGCAAAGGUCCGCUCGUUUUGAAAAAGCGCACUCAAUGCAGAGAUGACAGCAGUCCUGCCAAAGUCAAGUCCGGAAAAAAGAACGAGUGGUGCAAGAAUGCCCAGUCGCCGGGUGGCUUCUUGGUCGGCCGUCACCCCGAGUGCGAUCGGGUCCUUGAUAUUCCCACCAUCUCCAAUCGGCAUUUUCUCAUUUUCGCCGAGAACAGAAAGGGCGAUAUGGUGGCCAUGCUUGAGGAUCUCUCCAGCAACGGAACCUUUAUCAACGAUGCUAUUGUGGGCCGGAACCAGAACCGCGAGUUGGAAGACGGCGACGAAAUAUCUAUUCUGAACGAAGCCCGGUUUGUCUUCCGCUACCCUCGCACUCGGGAAACCCACGGUUUCCGUCAGCAGUACCGUAUCCUCCAGCAGCUCGGGAAAGGCCACUUCGCUACGGUCUACCUAUGUGCUGAGCGAUCCACUGGGACCAAGUAUGCCGUCAAGGUUUUUGAAAGACGGGCUAGUGACUCGCAAAAGACACAAGGUGAAGCUCUACAGCAAGAAAUUGCGGUUUUGAUGGGUGUUAACCACCCGAACUUGCUGUGCCUAAAGGACACGUUUGAUGACAAUGAUGGUGCCUAUUUAGUCCUUGAACUGGCACCUGAAGGCGAGUUGUUCAACCUGAUUGUGACUCAGCAGAAAUUGAGCGAAGACGAAGCCCGCCAUGUGUUCCGUCAGCUUUUUGAUGGACUAAAGUAUCUGCAUGAACGCGGAAUUGUUCAUCGAGAUAUCAAGCCGGAGAACAUCCUACUUGCGGACAAGCUCUUGAGCGUGAAGCUAGGCGACUUUGGGUUGGCGAAGAUCAUCGGAGAGGACUCAUUCACCACUACACUCUGUGGCACACCAAGCUAUGUUGCUCCCGAGAUUUUGCAAGACACCCGCCGUCGACGAUACACCAAGGCUGUCGAUGUAUGGUCCCUUGGUGUUGUCCUAUACAUCUGCCUCUGUGGCUUCCCGCCUUUCUCCGACGAAUUGAACACCUUGGAGAAUCCAUACACGCUCGCGCAGCAGAUCAAAUUGGGUAAAUUCGACUAUCCGUCCCCCUACUGGGACUCUGUCGGCGACCCCGCGUUGGACCUGAUUGACAGGAUGCUUACUGUGGAUAUUGAGAAGAGAAUCACUGUGGACCAAUGUCUAGAGCAUCCUUGGAUGACCGGGAAAUACCCCAGUGUUACUGACAGCACCGACGGUCUGACCGGGGCGCUGAGCAACCUGGACUUUUCUAAGCGUAAAGUGAAGCGAGAAAGGACGCUGCUUAGCAGUGUCAACGAUGCUCCCUUCAGUGAACACACUCGGGGCAGCGAGGCGCCGGUCAAAGUGUUCAGCCAGAACGAACCUGGCAAGCGCAUUCACAAUCGGCCACCUAAGGCCUCUCGGCGCGAAGCCUCGCCGAGUGGCAACCGAGACCCGAAGGAUUUUAUCAACAUCGGAGAACGUGGCGAUCCCACCUUGUACGAUAAUUGAGCCACAAGCCUGUGAAUUUUUUAUGUCUUAUGGGGUUUGUAAGUGGGAUGGGGAUCAAAAGAGUAUGGGUUUUACGAGAUUAACUAUUAACUAUUAGACCCAAAGGCGUAACAAUACAUGUACAACAGAUCACAUUCUAUGUACCCUGUAGACCGGGAACCCCUUAACCGACGUGGCGUGAUGUGCAAUAUAAGGCCAUAUUUGUCGUGUCUAGUCCCAUUGAAGAGUAGAGACAAAAGAGCCCCUGGAAUAAAAU